AUGAAAGCUCAAAUAUUUUUUGAUUCAAUGAAGAAUUUUGAUAUCUAUGGGGUUCCUGUUGGAGUCAACUUUAACAAUCAAUAAAUUCAUAAAACGUCUUUCGGAGCGAUUAUUUCAUUGUUUGUCUUUAUUGCAUUUGGGUUAUAAUUUUAUUAAACAGGCUAAGAACUCUUUGACAGAAACAAUCCUUAGAUAAUUACCAGUGAAUAAUAUGUUCGCAAUCCUCAAAGAAUGGAUUUCGAUAAAAAAUAAUAAACUUUAAUGAUGGGCUUUAGCACAACAUCAAGCAAAUACAUCUCUGAUCCAUCAAUAAUUUAAGUAAAUGCAACCCUAUCAACAAUCAAAAAUGUAUUUAAUGAAACUAGCUAAUCUUAUUCAAAAUAAACUACACAAAUUCCUUUAAGAAUUAGAGCUUGUAAAAUAGAAGAUAUUUAAGUUGGCAAACUCAAAUCCUUUUUUAAUCUUUUGCCUUUAAACUAAAUGUUUUGUUUUGAUGACAACUAAGAGGUUUUUAUAGAAGGAGAUUACUCUGGUGAUAUAUACACAAGAGUGGAUGUAGUAUUUAACUAAUGCGUUAACUCAACUCUCAAUAAUUCAGUUGUAUGCUAACCUCAAAAAAAGAUUGAUUUAGCUCUAUCAAAUGUUAGCUUUUUAGUUUAUAUGAUCGAUAAAAUACUUGAUCCUAGUAAUUUUGAAAAUCCUUUUGACUAUUAAGGAAUAAAUAUUUAAUCGUAAGCGUCUAAUUAACAUCCUAUAUAAUACACAGCUUAUUUUGAAAAUUACUACAUAGAAUCUGAUGUGGGUUUAAUUUAGAAGGAUGUUUAAAAGGAAAGAGAUUUCAUUUUUACUGGAACAGAUAAUACUAUUAUGUACAACAAUCCUAAUCUUGUGAUGAAAUUUACAAUGAGGCCAUAUAAAAAUAAAUAGAUCCUAAUGCAGAGAAAGUACAUGAAAUUUACUGAUCUAUUUGCUCAGUUAGGUGGAUUACUUAAAUUUCUAACUAUGAUUGGAUUUAUUUUAGCUCAUCCAUUUGCGAAGCUCCAUUUGAAUAAAGAAAUAAUAAACAGUGUAUUCGAUUUUGAAUUCUUUUCAAAAGACUGCUAAAAAAGUGGUAUCAUUCAACAUUUGAAAUAAAAAAAUGAAUAAAAAAUUAUGGAUACUUAAGAAAAAAAUCUAUCACCUUAAAACAUUUAAACAACCUAAUAUUAGUAAAACUAAAAUACUGAAUAAAUGAAUUUAAAGUUAAAACAAAUCCUAAAAAGCAAAUCUCCUAUUGAAAAAAGGUAGUCGAAUUUUAGUAGAAAUUUUGAAAAUUUUUCCUAAAAAGCUAACUCUGACUCAGAAGAAUCACACAAUUUUAGCUUAGGAAUAUCUAAAUUGAUGUAAUCUUAGUACUCUCCUAUGAGAAAAAAUUCGGUAUUCAGAUAAAUAAAAGUAGAUAGACCAAUACAGAGAUAAUUAAGUAAAUCUAUUUAACUGUCAGAGGGCAAUAACAAAGUAAAAGAGCAAUAGAUAACUGAAAAUGUAUAAAUUUUAGGAUAAAUCAUAAGCAAUAUCUAAAGAUUGUUAAAUCCCAUCAAAGAGUUUAUCAAGUUAUCACCCUUUUAAUAUAUCUCUUACUUUUUUUUUAGCCACUCUAAGAAAUCGCAAGAAGAUAAGGCUUUGAUCAAAGAAGGCAUUAAAAAAGUCCAAAGCCGCUUAGAUAUUUAGCAUAUACUACAUAAACUGUAAGAGAUAGAAAAGUUAAAGCAGAUUGUGCUGGAUUAAGAUCAAAUUAAACUGUUUGAAAUUUUGCCAAGACCUGUUUUAAGUAACAGCCAGUAAUUAACAGAAUAAAAGCAGUCAAAUUAAUAUUACGAAACUAAAAAAAAGACAUAUGAAGAAAAAGUAGAAGAAGCUUGCAGUAGCUUAAUAAAUAUAUUAAACAAACCAAAAAAAUCACAGCGAGAUAUCUAAUUAAUUUAAUUGUUAGACAGUAACAUUUACAAAAUUAUAUAACAAUCAGAACAAGCGCAGGAAAGAAACCCCCCUUUUAUGACAGAAGAUUUCAGCAGCAAAUAUAAUCAAAAUGAUGAAAUAUUAGAAAAUAAUAACCAAUAAUAAAUAAAUACACUUCGAUUGAAGGAAUCAAAUACAUUGCUUAAAUUUUAAAAUUAAAAUCAAGAUCUUGAGAUGUUUUCAUAAAAAACAGAAAUCUCAGAUGAAAUUGGAGUUAAAACUGAUUAUUAUUUUAAUUUUUAUAAAAAAUGUAAUAAGAAUUCUUUAAAUAUUUCUUGA